CAGAAUGCAGAAUACGAUUUUAUUAUUGUUGGCUCGGGCCCAGCUGGUUGCGUACUGGCAAAUCGUCUAUCAGAGAAUCCCAAAUGGCAGGUUUAUCUCAUAGAGGCGGGCAGUGUGGAAAAUCUGUCACAUCAGAUUCCCUUGGCGGCAUCUUAUCUACAGGGCACACAUUCCAACUGGGGCUACAAGUCCAAGCCCCAAAAGUUAGCCUGCUUGGGUAUGAACAAAAACGAGUGCGCCCUACCCAGGGGUAAAGUUUUGGGGGGUACCAGUUCCAUUAACUACAUGAUCUAUAAUCGUGGCAAUCGUCAUGACUUUGACAGAUGGGCUGAAUUUGGUAAUGAAGGAUGGUCCUAUCAGGAGGUUUUGCCUUAUUUCUUAAAGUCGGAAAAUGCCAGUUUGAGGGGUUUGGAAAAAUCACCCUAUCACAAUCAUUAUGGCCCUCUACAUGUGGAAGAUGUACAGUAUCGCAGUGAUGCGGUGCAUGCAUAUCUGAAGGCUGCUCAGCAGGCGGGACACAACAUAACCGAUUACAAUGGAGAAUCACAAAUGGGAGCCUCAUAUGUACAGGCCACCACCAAAAAUGGCAGAAGACACAGUGCAUUUUCAGCCUAUAUACAGCCCAUAAGAUAUGAGAGAAAAAAUCUGCAUAUUGUGACAAAUGCCAAGGUCACCAAAGUUUUGGUAGAUGCCGAAUCCAAGCAGGCCUAUGGGGUAAGAUUGCUAUACCGCCAGACUUUGUAUACCAUAAAAGCUCGUAAGGAGGUUAUACUCUCGGCGGGAGCUUUCAAUUCACCUCAAGUUUUGAUGCUAUCAGGUAUUGGCCCCCGAGACAACUUGGAGGCUAUUAAAGUGCCCAUUGUCAAGGAGUUGCCUGUGGGCAUGAUCAUGUAUGAUCAUAUGUGCCACUUUGGGCCCACAUUCACCACCAACACUACAGGUCGCACCUUCUACAUUCCUGAUGUAAAUGCAGACUUACUGGCAGACUUUUUACUGGGAGAUGCCUCUACCCCGCUCUCCUCCAUUGGUGGGGUUGAAAGCCUAACAUUUGCCAAAAUACCCAACUCUCGGGAACCCCACGAUAUGCCUGAUGUUGAGUUCAUAACAGUGGGCGGCAGCCUCGCUUCCGACCACGGCACUGGCCUAAUGGAAGGUGCCAAUAUACGCCAGGAGAUUUACACUAAAGUUUACGACCCCUUGUAUACAGCCAAACAAGACCAUUUUAGUUUUCUGGUCAUGCAAUUUCAUCCCAAGUCCAAGGGCCGUUUAUGGCUACACAAUCGCAACCCUUUGGAAUGGCCUCGCAUUGAUCCGAAAUAUUUCAAAAACCCCGAAGACGUAGAAGAAAUUCUGGAGGGCAUCAAGGAGGUUAUAAGAAUUACCAAAAUGCCGGCCUUACAAAAAUUGGGAACACGUUUGCAUGACAUUCCGGUGCCGGGUUGUGAGCAGCAUACAUUUGGCAGCGAUGAUUAUUGGCGUUGCUCCAUACGAGUCAUGUCUUAUACUCUACAUCAUCAGGUGGCCACCUGCCGCAUGGGUCCAGAGACGGAUAAUACAACAGUGGUGAAUGCCAAAUUGCAAGUUCAUGGUAUACAACGCCUCAGAGUGGCCGAUACCAGCAUUAUACCCUUCCCACCCACUUCUCAUACAAAUGCGGCCUCAUUCAUGAUAGGAGAGAAGGCAGCAGAUAUGAUACGAGAGCAAUGGUCAGAAAAUUUGGAUGAAAACAGUAUUUAUAGAUAUCAUACGUAUAGAAAGUAA